GUAGAAGAAAUUAGUGUUUACGUCUGCAUCAGUAUAUCAUAUUUCUUACUGUUAUGCAAGCAUGAAGGCAUUCAUAUCUCCGACGACAGAAAAAAUGAAUUCAGAGUAUAAGUAAAGAAUUUAUUUGCAUUAUCUUCACUUAUCUGGCGUAGCUUUACAAUCUGCGUUGUAGAUUCGAUCGUCUUGUUGAACAAGAUAAUCUUGAAAAUUGGACAAAAAUGGCGAAGCAAUUCCUUUACGCAUGUGCCCUGCUAUCAUCCAUUCUGGUAGUUUCGGUGUCGGCCUUUGAACCCUCUUUGUUCGUGGCGCAUACUAUACAAAGUUCCAUCCAAUACGUGGAAAUGGGAGAUCCAAAUGGUGGUAAAUUAUACAUUGAAGCUCAGAUUGCUUCAUUAACUACGCUGCAAAAAACAUCAGUCCUCGACUCAACCAAACACAUCGUGUUUCACACCACUUAUCCCAAAGACAAGAUUGUUGCUUAUUACAUGCUUAAUAACUUGAAACCAGAUUUGUAUACGAUUCAACCCGCACUAAACUGGAUUCGACUUCAAAUAUCUCUGAUAGAUCUCCACGAUCAAUCCAGAUGGAAAGAAUUUGUAAUAGAAAUUUAUAAAGGCUUGUAAUAAAGUCAAAUUCAAAAGCACGUUUUCCAAAAAAUUUUAUUCUUUGUAUUUUUUGACAAUAUAAAUUCGUAAAACUAAUUUUAAAAAUCAUCUUCAUUUUGUUGACUACAUACUAAUACACUAAAAAAUAAAACGUAAGAUUACUUUUAAAUCGAUACGUGUCGCUUUUAUUUCAUUAUGUCCGCACAGUCUGCAAAUAAAAUUCGCAUUUUUGGUUCAAGUUGGAGGGAAACUUUCGAUAUAAUAUCUCAAAUCUCACCUUGGUCGUGAUGUACGUGAUCGGCUAAAUCAGCUGUUUUCAACCGAGGUUCCACUGCAUUUUAUCGUUCCGACAGUAUAGACCGCAAGAUUACAUUCCAAUCCGAAAGUCUAUAUUAUGAUAUUUCUUUUGUCUAAUUAAACAAAUUAAUACCUAUUAUUGAACUUGCUAGACUUUAAAGAUCAUUUUAUGUUCUUCAAUAUUAGGUUUGUUUUUAUAUUUAUAGUCUCUAUACAAUUCUGAUUGCAGUUUACAUUUAUUGUUCAGGGGUUCCCAGACCCCCCGUAGUGCUUCAUUUGAGUUUCUCUCUACCAAAAAGGUUGAAAACCACUGCGUUAAAUAAAAAUUUGAAAGAUCUUCUUAUAUUGACAUAUAUUCAUUGCUUUUUAAGAUAUUAAGAUCCGACUUGUCGAAGUUAAACAGAGUUGAAAAUUUAAGGAAACAUGCUUCGUAUUUUGAUGACUGCUUGCAUUGUAAUGCUUGUUAUUCUGCUUUGUUAAAUUUGACUGAAUUGGAUUGAAAAAAGAUUAAAUUGUAACCAGAUGUGUAACUGAGCCUUAUCAAAAUAUCUUUUCCAACUUUUUUACAGCUCAUUUUACUUUGUUUUUACUGUGGAGUACUUUAUUGUGCAACCCCAUUCUUGUAUUUCAAAACUGAGUGAAUGAAAAUAACGAUGAAAAAUCUGUUGAUAUAGAGUUAUUUUGUUAGUGCUUAAACCUUUUUUGUCUGAUUAUAUCACGGAAAUAUAUAAACGGUUUAUGCAGCUAAAAUUUUGUGUUUAUUUGUAGCCAGAUGUAGUUUUAUCGGGCUUUUAUUUAAAGGUUAAACUCAUCAUCGAUAGCGUUAUCUUGCUUGACAUUACCAUGUUUGAACCGUAAAAGGUUUUCAUUGAGUUUAGUAUGUCCGUGUCGUGAAUAAGCUAUCUUGAAUUAAGUCUUGGUCAGGCUUAUUCUGAGGAUAUAUUAGAUAAAUUUAAGAUGGCGACG